UACCGUGAGCACGCAUGUACGACCUGCACACGUACGAAACGUGUAUAUUCUAACCUAAAAACGUCUAGCAGCUAAUAAAGUAUUUUACACGGCAUGUCAUUUCCAAGCAAAGAAGAUCGUUUAAAUUGUUGGGGUUCUCGUGACGAAUAUUGGAAAUGUCUUGAUACUAAAUCAGAAACAGAGUGUACAGAAUUAAGAAAACAAUAUGAAAAAUUUUGUUCCCCUCAAUGGGUAAAACAUUUCGAUAGAAAGCGAGAUUAUUUAAAGUUCAAAGAAAAAAUAGAACAAGAAGGGUACGUUGAUAGCCAACUUCCAAAAAGAACAGCUUAGAACAAAACUUAUAACUUACUAACAGG